AGGAGGGAGGGAGGGAUAAAGGGAGGGAAGUGGGCAGCGCCUGUCUCCUUGGGAUGGAGCAGUGAGGGAUGCCAAGGCAGAGGCAGGAGUAGCUGGACUCAGAGGAGGAGGAGGAGGAGACCCUCGUUGGCAAGAAGGGAGCCUUGCCCCCCUCUCCCCAAAAGCCCAGCCUUUCCAACAGCCCUCCCCCUCUACACCAGUGCAAGGCCUCGAUCCAACCAUGGGGAAGCAGAACAGCAAGCUGCGCCCGGAGAUGCUGCAGGACCUCCGGGAGAACACCGAGUUCUCGGACCUGGAGCUGCAGGAGUGGUACAAGGGCUUCCUGAAGGACUGUCCCACCGGGAUCCUCAAUGUGGAGGAGUUCAAGAAGAUCUACGCCAACUUCUUCCCGUAUGGUGACGCCUCCAAGUUCGCCGAGCACGUCUUCCGCACCUUCGACACCAAUGGCGACGGCACCAUCGACUUCCGAGAGUUCAUCAUCGCCCUGAGUGUCACCUCGAGGGGGAAGCUGGAGCAGAAGCUCAUGUGGGCCUUCAGCAUGUAUGACCUGGAUGGUAACGGGUACAUCAGCCGGGAGGAGAUGCUGGAGAUCGUGCAGGCCAUCUACAAAAUGGUCUCGUCGGUGAUGAAGAUGCCGGAGGAUGAGUCGACCCCGGAGAAACGGACGGAGAAAAUCUUUCGACAGAUGGAUACCAACAACGACGGCAAACUGUCCCUGGAGGAGUUCAUCAAAGGCGCCAAGAGUGACCCCUCCAUCGUGCGGUUGCUCCAGUGUGACCCCAGCAGCGCUUCCCAGUUCUGAGACCCCCUCUGUCCCCUUUCCGCCUGUGCGACCGACUGGUCGGAGGAGCCAGUCUCCCAGAGAAGUGGGGGAUAAGUCAAAACACCCCCCAAACAAACCACCGCGGCACGACAACCACCAUCCACCUCACGCGGCUCACAGGGAGGCGACUGGCUUCCCGUGCCCCCUGUUGCGGAGAAACCGGACAUGUCUCCCCACCGCACUGCCAAGCCUAGGCACUGCCAGGAAACCCCUUCCGUUACCCCAAAUCCCUCCAUCCGAAACACAGUAGUUUUGUGUGAAUGCUGACCCCACUGAGGAGGCCGAGGGGUUCCUUUUCCAGGGGGUGUUGGGGCCUCUGUCUCACCCACCAACCUCCUUGGGGUUUGGUUGCAUGUUGCUUGUGUGUCCGUACGUGUGUCUAGCACACUUUGAUGACUGUGCGGCUGCAUGCAUGCUCUGUCUGUCUCCGGUUUGUUCCAAAAUCGAGGGAGGAUUCGGGUCCGAAACAGCCCUCGAAGCCACGUCAAAGGGGUGCCAAUGUAGAAGCAAUGGGGUGAAUGCGUGUGUGUGUGUGCAUGUGUGUAUGAUGGAGAAGGUCUUGGUCCCUCUCCUUUGGCUAGUGGAGAUCUAUAUCUAUAUCUAUAUAUAUAUAUUCUGUAAACUAAGCACAACAUGUACAAGUUUGCAUCGUU